AUGGCAACCACCAGCGUGCUUCUCUGUUUCGUUUUGUGGUUCCUUUCUGAACUCUCAUUUUUAGGCCAUGUUUAUCUCAAAGAAGACCCUUGGAUGAACAGGAUAGACGACUCUCUGCAAUUAUUCAUGCAAAUAUGUUCAAAUGCCUUGCUGAAAAACGUUCACUUGGUCCUCUUCCUGAAUAAGACAGAUCUGCUCAAGGUGAAGCUCAAUACUGGACUCAAAGUCUGGAAGUACAUCACGUCCUUCGGCGAUUGGUCCAACGAUUACGAGACCAUCGUUCAAUACUUCCAUGCUCACUUCCUGCAGGUUCAUAGACGAAACAACGAGAAUUGUCAGGUGCUGUAUACUCAUUUCACGAGUGUAGUGGACACAAAGGCAACACAGCAUAUCAUUGGAAACACUCGCGACUCAAUCUUGUGA